AUGUCCGAAUACGACCGUCGAAACCAGGGUCGCGGUGACCGCGGUGGGCGCAAGCGCCGCUACAGAGACGACGAUGAUUUCGAUCGCCGCCCCCAGAGACGCAGAUAUGAGGAGCCAUUGUUCGCUGUCAUUCGUCGGCAGCUAUUGACAAUUGCUGAAUCGGCCGCUCGUAGAGUGGAGGAUGAUAUCCAGGGCAUUGCGAAAUCAGUGGCGGACAAUUAUGAUGACGAAGAAAUUCGCCGCGACUUUGUCAACAUCUCCCUUGACCUGGUUCAUGAACAACCUAUGAAAAUCCCCUUUAUCGCCGGUACCGUUCUCGUCGCGCAUAGUCUGAAACCUGAGCUUGGAUCGGAAAUCAUCACCAAGGCCGCUGGAGCUUUACAGAAAUACAUUGAUACCGGCGCGUGGCGCGAGGUGAAGCUCCUGGUUCGUUUCUUGGGCCUUCUUCAGCCACUCUAUGAGGGCGAGGGCAUUUUCCCGCUCUUGGAGGAGCUCUUUGCUCGCGCUGUGGACCUGCAAACUGCCUCAUCCGAGGAUCUUCUGGGCCUUGAGCUAGUGAAGGUUAUCCAAUUCACCCUUCCAUAUGUGAUGCUGUCUCCGGCCUCUGGGUUCGAGGCGCAGGCCAGUGGUCUCCUGGAGAAAACUGACAUCAUUGCGACUACACCCCACGCCCUCGUUGAUCUGGUCAACACGUUCAGCCCCGAGGAGAACCAGUCUGCAGCUGGUCAGAGCGUUAUCAGCCUGAUGCAGAGCCAGCUUCAAAGGGAAGCUAGCAAUGGAUGGGAGCUGAAGUGCCUCCCUCGUCCUUGGAAGGAUCUCCGCGACCCUGAGACGGACGAGUUCAAGUCAUUCGAUUCAGUGACCAAGGUGGCUUUCCCGGAGAUCACGGUACCUAGCCCCGUGCCAAAUGGCCCUCAUCCCCUCUUCCCGGAGGUCUACCUCUCGGUCUACGCUGACCAGGAAGUCGACACUGUUCCUUCAACUGACGACAUUUCCUCGUCUCUCAUUCGGGACGCAUUGGUUGAUACUAUUAAUUUGCUGGACUUCAACCGCGUUGCCACGGCUAAGUUCUUGAUUGAUAUCGAUUGCUACUUCACCCCCUACACAUUUGUGAAGCGCGCGACACCUUUCGACCGUAUGCGCGAGCUCGCGGGUGAAAUCCAGCCCUGGAAGCCGGAGGAUGUCGCUGUGGACGCAGUCUUCUCGCAGCUCUUCCAGCUGCCUGCUGCGGAGCACAAGCUCGUCUACUACCACUCUGUUCUCACUGAGUGCUGCAAGAUUGCCCCAGCAGCGAUUGCACCAAGUCUUGGCCGUGCGAUCCGCUUUUUGUAUAACAACCUAGACACCAUGGAUUUGGAGCUUAGCCAACGAUUCUUGGACUGGUUUGCCCAUCAUCUGAGCAACUUUGGCUUUACGUGGAAAUGGAGCGAGUGGACCGACGAUCUGGAUCUUCCCGCUAUCCACCCAAAGAUUGCGUUCAUCAACGGCGCUUUGGACAAGGAGAUUCGCUUGAGUUUUGCGCAGCGCAUCAAGGGAACUCUCCCCGAACCGUACCCCAAGUUGAUCACUUCGGGCAAGGAAAAGGAUACCCCUGAGUUCAAAUAUGCGUCUGACAUGGCACCAUACGCUAAAGAGGGACAAGAGAUUAUGCAACUUAUCCGGAAGAAGGCCACUGAUGAAGAGAUCCAGCCGGUGAUCACGGCCAUCGAGGACCAGGCCAAGAGUCAAGGUGUCGAAGACCCAAAGAUUCCCUCCACGGAUGCAUUCGUCACCUCGAUCUGCUUUGUUGGCUCCAAGUCUCUCUCUCACGUCCUCUCCUGCAUUGACCGCAGCAAAGACCGUCUCCUGACCAUCGGUGCCGAGUCCAAACAUGCCCGCACCCAGAUCAUCACCUCGGUUAUGGAAUACUGGGUCGACCAGCCCGGCAUCGCCAUCAACAUCAUCGACAAGCUGCUUAAUUACACCAUCCUCAGCCCCCUCUCCGUCCUCGAGUGGGCUUUUGUCGAGUCCGUCGCCGCUGGCACCAUCCUCUCCAAGCCCCACGUUUUUGAGAUGAUCUCCGCCACCGUCGGAAAGGUCACCAACCGCAUGCGCCAGAUCGUCGCUGCCCGCACCCAGCCUGGCCUCUACGAGCCCCAGCUGACAGCCAUUGACGAGACUCUCUCCCGUGAACGCGAAGACAUGCAAACCCUCUUCAAGUACAUUGAGGACUCUAUUGUCUCCAUCGCCGCGGGAAGCAAUGAUGAACAGAUGGAGCGUGGUGAUGGCUCGGGCGAUUUGCCUGAGGAUGUCAUCAUCCGUCAAUGGGGCCGCCGCUGGCUCCGCGUGUUCCGUCGAAAGGUCGCCGUCGAGGAGGCCUUUAUCUCUGAUGCCCUGGCCAAUGCUACUCCUCUGGGAACCGAAGCACCUGCUGGGGCCACUGAUGGUGACCUAGACAUUGCGGAUGCGGAUGUGGACGCCGGUGUGCAAUAG